AUGGCGACGGUUGAACCUACAGUCAGUCCCGUGACUGCGCCUCCCGGCCAGUCGAGCGAAACAGUAACCACAAGGGCCCCAGCUGGGUCGCCGAGGACGCCAUUGAAUCAAAUCUAUGCGCUGCCCGCACCCAUUCGGACCUUUCCUUUACCUGCGUUCUAUCCAAACAACCCAAUUUCUCUUUUUCACUUGGUGUACGCCUGGUUGAGACAGGUUCUGUCCCCGCCAUCCAAAGAACCGUCUGUCAUCCAUAUUGGAGUAUGGGAUCCAGAUACAUGUUCUGUUCAUGUUCCAGACCCAGCGUCCAUCCGGGCUCUCUGGGAGCAGGGAUUCUUUGGCAAAGGAAGUCUGAGUCGUAGUGAGCCUAAUUGGCUGAAGAGGGAGCUCGCUCGGCGAGGUUCGCCCGAAGGAAAGACGGUGAGCGAGGUUCGCACAGAGUCGCGUCGUGAGGAACGCCGCCUUGCCAAAUGGGAAAGAGCAAAGGCAGAGCUGGAGGCUAUUGAACGCCAGAGGCUUGCCGAGGCUGCCCUCCAAACGCCAUCACCGGUAACAACCGAACCCCGACCUGAGACCAAGAGUGCCCCUGAGGAAGAGGCCGUGUCUGCCAAGCUCCCCCCGUUGAAGUUCCCUAAGCCUGUGGUCAAGUCCUUCUCGGUGCCGAAACUGAAGAACCCAGUCCCUACUGGACUACCCUCGCCGCCUCUGGAGAAUGGAGUGUCCAACGGUCAUGUAGCGCACGGAAAGCCCCCUGUCGGACCUGCAGAGAUUCUUGCGUUGCCUAACUCGUUGGCGAAGAUCAAUGGCACCUUGAACAACAUGAUGCUUACAGAGCUGAGACCACCCACUGGCCCAGCAGAGUUGCUGGCCCUGCCCAACUCAGCAGCAGACCUUGUCACGAAGUCGGGCUUGGCAUCCACUGUGAAUGUCUCUGGCGAACAGGUGAAUGGUGUCAGCCCGAUUGAUGGCCUCAAUGGUCAUACAGGAAAGGCGAGUGCCUUUGCUCACAAGGUAGGUGACGCUCAGGAAACACACAAGCCCAUCUUCCCCGAGGACUUGCUACCCACACCUUGCUGCACCCCUACCAAACGGUCAGCAACCGGCUCUUCCGUCCAGGAUAAAGAAGAACCCUCGCAGCCCGUUGCCAAACGUCAAAAGAGCGUCCGUUUCUCUCCCCAAGUCGAGUCCACCACCUUCAACCGUGGUGAUCCGCCCAGUCCCGGUCUCGUGUCACCAGCCGAGCCAGCUGCCAAGUCGAAUAGCUUUGCUGUCCCUGCUACCGCUCUGGAGAUUCAGGAUAAGGAACACUUCCAGCUUGCGCCCGAAGAAGCCUUCUUUCUCGCCUUCUCACUUGGCGCUCUCAAGGUCAUCGACCCCAAGACCAAAGAACCAAUCUCCAACGAGCGACUGCUCAGUCUUUUCCGCUCCUAUUCCUACUUCCCCCCCUCGGCUGGUCUUCGCCCUGACGACCCGUUUCUCGUACACUACGCCGUUUAUCAUCACUUCCGCUCCCUCGGCUGGGUGCCACGUCAUGGCAUCAAGUUUGGUGUCGAUUGGAUUUUGUACCAACGUGGUCCGGUGUUUGACCACAGUGAGUUUGGCCUGAUGGUCAUGCCUGCUUUCUCGGAUGCUCGGUGGGAGGAAUACGAACAUCAAAAGCCGAAGAAGUCGUGGUCUUGGCUGAUGGGUGUCAACCGUGUGCUGUCACACGUCUUGAAGAGUCUGGUGCUUGUUUACGUCGACGUGCCGCCUCCUCCUGUUUUCGAUGAGGCGAUGAAGGAGGGUGGCAUUGCUGCUGCUCUCAAGAAGUACAAGAUACGGGAGGUUAUGGUCAGGAGAUUUUCCGUCAACCGCAACAGAUGA